AUGGCCUCGCAAAGCGCAUCGUCGUCGGCGCUUGUGCGUAAGAGGGACGACCUGGAGCUUAUGCCUCCUCCUCCACCGACGAAGCGGAUCAAGCGGCCCAAAAAAGUCCUCGACGAAGAUACAUACACGGAUGCUCUGUCGCAAAUCAUUGCUCGAGACUUUUUCCCCGGGCUGCUCGAGAGCGAGACUCAGCAAGAAUAUCUCGAUGCACUGGAAUCAAAGGACAAGGACUGGAUUGACAGCGCCAGCAGGCGGCUGCACCAGGUGAUGACGCCAGGCAGGCAUACAUCAAGAAGAGGAACAUCGUUGGCCCCAGGUGCCCAAACACCAAGAGGCUAUGUCGGUGAUACGCCAGCAUCGGUCUCUGCCGAGUCUAGCACAGAGCGGCCAGUCGAAAAGCCGCCGAUUGAUACCAACAUGAGCCUGGGCGCAUUUCAGUCAAAAUACACCAGCGAAGACAAUGAAAGCUUCUACAAACUCCUGGACAAACAGAACAGCAAGCGAGCAGAGAAGUAUGCAUGGUUAUGGGCUGGAAACAAGUUGCCAUCCAAGAUGCAGCUCAAGCAAAAGCAGAUUGAAGCCAAAUUGUCAGAAACAAGAGGUUUAAUCGACGACGGCUGGGACAGGGAUAGACUCGCCAUCAAAGACCGCGACCAAAGACCUGCACAACCCGAUUACUGGAAGUCAGCCCCGAACAACGCCCUCAUGUUUGCGCCCGAUAGUGUAGAGGACUCGUUGGAGACUGUCGCCCAGAAAGCAGAAUCCGAGUCCAAAGCAGCGCCCAAGGCCGUCAAUUAUGCAAACACUAGACUGCCUCUCCCAAAGGUCAGCGAUGACCAGUCAGAGCCGGGGUCUCCAUCCCUGUCGGCCGUCCGAGAUGCCAUCGCAGGAAAGAGGACGGGCAGUAUCGCGAGCUCGAGCAUUGUGGGCAGCGAAACACCUCGUGUCAACGGCUAUGCUUUUGUGGACGACGAAGAGCCAGAGUAUGAGGCUCCACGGCCCGCACCACCCAAGAUCGACCUUGGUCCUGGAGAUGCUUCACCGAAUCCAUUCAAGAUUAGCGAGCAGAGUCGAAGGGAAGCACUGCAUCAUCGGAUGGUGGACAAGAUCUCGCAGUCGAAAAGAACGUCGCAGCAGGUUGGCAUGACGGGCAAGGUGGACAAGACUCCGGUGCCCAAGUUCCCGAGCAGCCCCCGGGUGGGAGGUGGACUGACUCCGGCAGCUCAGCGGCUCUGGGGGAAGAUUGGCGGCAAUGGAGGCGUGACACCAAGAACGCCAUUUGGUGAAUCGACGCCGGCACGAAAAGUCUCCAAGUUGAGGCAGAUUACGAAAUGA